CUUUGGAAAUCGUGUUCAAACAAAUUCAUUUUCUUGUUAUACUUCUUCGUCAUUAACUUCAAACGAGACUUCGAAUGAAUGUAUCAAUAAACAUUAUUCCGCAGAAGAUGAGAAGAUCAAUAAUAAAGUGGAUGAUGGGCAAAAUUAUAUAGACACGAAAAGUAAUGCAACGAGGAUUAGAGCUCGAUCGAUCACUCCUUGCAGUGGUUCACCUCCUCCUGCGAAAAGAUGUCGGACUACGCUUAAAUUUGAUGACGAAGUGGAAGCAGAAGGAUCAAAAAAACCUGUAGAUUCCGCUACAGUUACAGAUUUAUUGCAAAUAGAAAAAAAAAUGUUCAGAAUUAUUUUUGUCCGAAUACAACGAUCACAAAAACCAUUUGGAGCAGUAACAGUUCAGAAUCCCCGACCACUUUGAUUUUAGAUCUUCCAGUUAUGUCUGAUUCUGGCAGCUGUAGUAGAUGUUUUCAAGAACCUAUUGAAUGUAAUAAAAAAUGCACGUGUACCAGUUUUCAGCAAAGCAAGCCAUUUCAAAAACUUCAAUUUGUAAAAAAACCUAUUGCUAAAGUUGUUCUAUUUUGCGUUUGGAUAAUAAAAAAAAUAACAACUAUAAUGAAAGAAGCUUAUGGAAAUUUUAAGCGAAUUGUUUCAACGUCUAUAUCAACGAAACAAAAAAUAGAGGAAUUCAGUCAAGUCAUUUUAACAUUACGCUCAGAGAAUGAACAGAUGAUCAACAAAUUUUUGGAGAAAAUUACCUGUUUGUCUGAUCAAAUUACUCAAGUGUGUGCAGGUAAUUCAACCGCUAUUGCCAGCUUAACUGCAGAAGUUAUCAGUAUACAAGAACUAAGUAAAAAGUUGACUGGAAAUAACGAGACGUUGAUGCAAGAGCUGAAAACAUUACACCAAAUGCUGAAGAAUAUGCAAUCGAAAUCUCCUCCAAAGAAAUCAUUAUCAGUACCACCACCACCACCUCCUCCACCUGUUCCACCCCUUAUGCCAUCAAUUUUAAUAUCAUCCAUCCCGUCAGCUGCUCUUCCUCCUCCUCCUCCUCCACCUCCACCACCUCCCCCUCCACCACCACAAUCAUCAUUUCUUCAAAUUUCGUCGCAUAAGUCGCCGAUUACACCAACCACUCCAAAUAAUGAUAGAAACAUCAGGUCGCCCUCGAGAAAGUGCUCGACACCGCUGUUUAAUAGGCCAACUAUAACUGUCGAGGAUUUGCUGAAGGUGACCCUAAAAAAAGCACCGCAAAACCUUAAGGAGAAUAGAAGAAACACGAUACCAGGACCAAAGGGACCCGUCGUUUCCUUAGACAUGUUACGUAGUGUGAAAUUAAAAUCUGCCAGGCGCAGAACGACUGAUCAAAUCAUAAGGUCUCCAAGAAGCGGACGAAUAAUUAAAACGCGAACAGCACCAAGUCUCAGUUUGUCUCCGAUUACAAAAAAUUCGGAAAGCUCGUUAGGGCGAAUUUUAAAACAAGUGGAAAUUAAUAAACGUGGCCCAAGGCGUCUAUUGUCGAGCUCGUCAAGUUUUCGCGAAAAUAUUAUUGGAAAAGAUAAUCAAUUAUCGAGCGUAGAUACGAAAAAUAACAGUUCACAAUCUAUGACUGCGUUACAGAAGUCGAUAAUCAUAGAUUAAAGGAAAUAUUAUGUAAUUGACAUCAGAAACAUGUCGCAACUUUAGUAAAUUAAGUUAUUUUGUUAUUGAUUAAUCGAUACAUAGAUCGGGUUAUCUAAUAUAAUAUGAUGAAUAAGAACAAUUUAUUAAU